AUGGCAGUCCGUCCCCCUCCGUCAAAAGAUAAUACACAAGAAGCCGGUAGCAACCAGAGUGGUACGGCGGAAGACCCGGUAUUGGCGCUGCAGCGUGCGGUGAAGCCUGAGGGGAUCAAGUGGCCGCUGCUCGCCGUCACACCCACCCACGCGCGCGCCAUGCAGGUGGGUGGGAUUUGUGCUCUACUUCAUCCGCCUUGCCGCCUAUCUGUGAUCGCUGGGACCGCUGGUGUUUCUUCCCCUUACCCCUCCCCUCUUCCCUUCCGCUUCCCUUCCCCCCUUCCCCCCCCCCUCCUUCCCCUAACCCUCUCUCCCCUCCCACCGGGUCGUCUACUUCAUCCGCCUGCCCGCCAAUCUGAGCUCUUAGAGCCACUCCUGUCGUUUACUUCAUCCGCCUGGCCGCCUAUCUGCGCUCCUCUGAGUCGCCACUCUUAUUCAAUCCCCUUGUCAGGCCGUUCCCGUCCCUCCUCCUUACCCUCCCUUCAACCCCAUCCCCUCCCUUCCCCCCAUCCCUCCCCCCAUCCCUCCCCCCAUCCCUCCCCCCAUCCCUCCCCCCAUCCCUCCCCCCACGCCCACCAGGUGCUCUACUUCAUCCGCCUGCCCGCCUAUCUGCUUUCUUUUGGCAGCCAAUCCCAUUCCUCCCCCAUUCCCCCCCUUCCCCUGUCCUCUCCCCCUUUCCCCCCUCCCCUCUUCCCCCCCCACCAGGUGGUCUACUUCAUUCCCCUGGCCGCCCCUCUGCGCUUGCUGGGACCGCUGUGGUCUACUCCAUCCGCCCACCCGACCAACCCUCCCCCUUCCCCUCUUCCACCCCCCUCUCCCCUCCCACCGGGUGGUCUACUUUUGCGUUCUCUGAGCCGCCACUCUUAUUGUGUCCCCUUACCUCCCACCUCCACUCCUCUCCCCUCACCAGGUGGUCUACUUCAUCCGCCUGGCCGCCUAUCUGCUCUUAGAACCACGCCCGUCCACUCCCCUCGUACUUUCCCCUCCGUCUUCCCUCCUCUCCCCCCCCACCAGGUGGUCUACUUCAUCCGCCUGGCCGCCUAUCUGCGCUCGCUGGGACCGCUGGUGCUCUGGAUAGUCAUAGAGGCGCCUCUUAAGACAGAGGAGACGGCGGAGCUGCUGAAGAAGCAUGCGGGGGCGUGCCUGCCAGCCGGUGACUCCAGCUGUCGGCGAAUCAACUACGUCCACCUGGAAACCCGCCGGGCGGAGACGUCCAAGUGGAACAAGGCAGUGCUGCAGCGCAACACUGCCCUUGAUUUCAUUCAGGAGAGGCGCAUUCAGGGCGUUGUCUAUUUCAUGGACGAUGACAACGCGUACCUUCCCCAGCUCUUUCUAGAGUUUCAAAGCAUCCGGAACGUGGGUGUUUUCCCCGUCGGCUUCCUCUACCCGGACGAAUACUCGAGGCGGAACCGGCAUGUACACCACACGCCGACAGUAGAGAGGCCGCUUGUAAAAAGGACGGAGAGCGGGGGUCUGCAGGUGUAUGGAUGGGAGACGUUUGAGUGGUUUAUCUCCAAGGCCAAGCGGAAGUUCAAUGUUGACAUGGGGGGGUUUGCGUUCCGCUCCGAGCUGCUCUGGCAGAACCGUACGGACCUGCCGGGCUACCCGCACCACCCGCUCCGCUUCGAAGCCAGCUGGCAAGGCCAAUUGGAAGCGACGUUUUUGAGCCGGUUGGUUCCAGAUGCAAGUCACUUGGAGCCGCUAGCAAACGGAUGCACGCAAGUGCUGUGCGUGGCUGCUGUGGGAGCCAUCGCGUUCUCGUCAUGGUGCGCCGUGGUGGUGGUGGUUGCUGCCGGCCUCCAACAAAUACACAGUUUCGACGCUAACGGCUACGCUCAGCAAGAGUACUAG